AUGCCUCAGGACAUGCCGCCGGUGGGCGGCUACGGCGCCGUCCAAUACCGCCGCAACCUCCCCACACGAGGAUUCCGACCCGCGUGGUAUCUCGUCGGGAUGGGCCUGGUGAUGACGUUCGGGUUUUAUAAGUACGGCGUAGGCGUGCGGGAGCAUAAUGAGCUUGCACGAGAGAAGAUGUGGAGUCGGAUCUACUUGACGCCGUUAUUGCAGGCGGAGGAAGAUCGGGAUCAGGUGCGGAGGCAUUGGGCGGAUUUGGCGCGCGAGCAGGAGUUGUUGGGACGGCAGACCAAGGCGUAUCACAGCGAUCGAUUCGUCCGGCCGACGUUCGCGGUCACGCCCGAGAAACCGUUGAAAGAUUGA